CUCACAUUUCCGAACACACCCAACGAUUAAUUGCAGUAUGGCCGCCCAAUUCAUCGGUCUUACCGUCCAGCUAUCGCUCAGAGACGACACUGUCAUCCAGGGAAUAGUAGCUGAUGUCGAUCCCGUUACUCAAUUGCUCUCCCUCCGAGAUGUGGUGUUUCUAAAAAGUGGAUAUCGUGCCCCGAGCUACAAUGUAGAUGGGUUGAGCAUUAGGGAUCUGGAGGUGUUGCCGACUAAGCCGAAGAUCGCUGCACCGGUGCAACCAGUCCUGGUUGUGUCUGCUCCGCCUCCAGUGCUUAAGCCGCAACCUGUGAAGAAGCAAGAGUUUCAGGACCCUGCAAUCGUCUCGUUUGGUCGUCCUCCCACCAUUGCUGCACAAGUGCCUGUGCCUACUCCGCCUGUCAGCUCCCCUGCACCAAAGACCGGCUUCGGUUCUUCUUCCACUGUCAUCCCAUCCCUGGCCUCUGCGUCUCGCCGUCCAAACAAGCCCCUUCAUUCCGUCGUGAUCAACGCAGCAGUCGACACUCCCACGCUCGCCACCUUGACCCUUCACGAUGAUUCAAACGUUGACACGGAUUCCGGACAAAUCCCAUACAAGAAGAAGAGACUACCCAGACGGGAAUUCUUGGCUAGGAGAAAUCAUACAGCUACGACUGUUGAGGAGGAGGGGUGGCGCACGGAGGAUAUUGAUCAGGACUUUGACUUUCAGUUGGCGUUGGGGAAGUUCGAUAAGAAGAAGGUGUUUGAUGAGAUCAGAGAAACCGAUAUGACCGAUCCUGAGUCGCUAUUGGUCGCCCACAACCGCGUUGGACCACGCAAGUCCCCGGCACCUUUGAGAAAGGUUCGAUCGCCAGCGAAUGGUGGACCCGUUCCUGUGCCGCAAGGAAACUAUCACCAUAGGGAUAUGGUGCUCAAGGGAGGAAAUCACAGGGAUGAUUGGGGCAGCAGCACGGAAGAAGACACCUCAGACGAUGAUGGCCGCGUCUCAAGGCGCAAGCCAAGAACUGCGAGUCGAUCAAUGGUGGAUAGGAGAAGAAGCAUUGGUCGGGCCAGUGUUAGCAAAUCUGCUGCACCCAGCCCCGUUAGUGAGGCCCCCGAAGGCAAGAAUAGACUACGGACGGCGUCGGACAGGACGGUGGUACCUGCGGUCUCGCCUAUGCAGAUGGUCGAGGCGGAGAAGCUUGCUGCUGCCGAGUUCGGAUUAUCUGAUGACCUCUUGGCAGAGAAUGCGGGGCGGAGUGUGGCGAUGAUGGUCAUGACUGCUCUUGGAGGAAAGAGAAUCAACGCGAAGAACCAUAAUGCUAUGCCCGUCAUUGUGAUCUUGGCUGGAAACAACAAGACCGGAGCUUGUGCGUUGGCGGCUGGCCGUCAACUCAGCAAUCACUCCGUGAGAGUGCUGGCAACGGUUGUUGGUACAGAGAGGGAGGAAGACUACGUCGACUGCAUUCGUGCGCAGACUAGGGCUUUCUUGGGUGCAGGCGGGCGACUUGUUAACCCGGCUGAUCUCGAGAUGACUGCGGAGUCCCUUGCCUUCCCAGCUGAGUUGAUCUUGGACGGUAUCUUCGGAUACCAGUACUCCAUGAUGGACAUUUGGGAUGACGAUAUGCGUCAGCGCUCUGAGGAGAUCAUCACUUGGGCAAACAAUCACAAGGCUAACAUCGUGUCUCUCGAUAUGCCGAGUGGUAUUUCGGGUGCUACUGGUGUGAUUGCGGAUGGGGGCGUCCAUGUCCAGAGCAAAUGGGUCGUAUGCCUUGGCGUACCGAAGCAGGGCUUGAUGACUGCGUUGCAGACAAACAAGGGAGGUAUCGACUGGACGGGUUUGUUCGUUGCUGACAUCGGGAUUGGACGAAGAGUGUGGAGGAAGCUUGGACAUAAGGCAUUCGCCGGAUGGGGAGCUGAGUGGGUCACGCCUUUGGAGUUUUCAUAG